CAUCCCCAUCCUAACAAACAUCCCACCACAACCCCGCCAAGAUGAUGCAAACUCGCAUGCUCACCAAAGAAGACGAAGCCCUCACGGGCAGCGAGGACAACGAAGUCCGCCGCGAGGACCAAGAAAAGAUCAAUCGCUUUAGUCGGCUGCACCAGCGCGAGACACUGCUGGAGGAGCAGUUGAAGUUGAAGAUGAAAGAUAAAGAAGACUUGGAAGAAAUCUCCACGGAAUUGGAGCUGGCGGAUGAGGAUGAGUUGGUGCCGUACAAAAUCGGAGAUGCGUUCUUCCAACUCCCCCUUGAAGAGGCCCAGUCUCUGCUGUCGACGGCAACAGAGCAGGUCGAUGCCGAUGUGAGCAAGCUCGAGGAAGGACUGAGUGAUCUGCGGGAGGAGUUGCAGCAGCUGAAGGUGGCCUUGUAUGCGCGGUUUGGACGGAGCAUUAACCUUGAGACUUAAUUAUAUCGGGACCUAGCUUAGUAUCUACUACUGUUGUUCGUGUAAUAAUGAGACAGAGUGAUGAUGAUGAUGA